GUUAUAUUAUGUGAUAGAGAAGCACCUUUAUUGGCGAAUAUUCCAAAAGAAAACAUGACAUUAGACCAACUAGUUGCUUGUGUAUUCAGUGGCGGAUAGAGGAUCUAGAAGGAAUGUCCAACUUUUGCACAUACGAGCUCGAAGAUCAUGUGUGGGAUGAAUAUGGUGAGAACGAUGAUCAUAUAGUGCCCCAUGCUGGUGAUGACCAUAAGGAACAGUUUGCAAUACAGGGAGAUAGCUGCAAAAGACCCUGCCAGGAAUUGUAUAAUAGUAAAAGUGCUGAUAACGUUAGUAGCCACUAUAGUCAUGAGAAAGAGAAAUUAUAUUUGAUGUCUCGGAAGGAAAACAUGAUGGAAAAGAAUUCAUGGUCUCAAACACCUGAAGGUGUGUUACCUUCAUGCAAUGCCGACGCUAGUGAAGAAGUGAAAAGACUAGCAUCAGAUGAUAUAGGGAUGUCUGAUCGUUGUUUCAAGAGCUGCAAUAUGGAUUCUAGUGGUAGUGAGCUUUGUGCUGAUGAUACUAUUUUGGGAGACAAGCGUGUAGUGAAAGAUGAUAGUUUGUGUCAAUAUCCAAUCAACCACAUAUCACAGACUGACAGUGAACUCAGUUUUCUUGAUAACGAUGGGUGGCUUGAUAUUGGAAACUUUGAAGACGUUGACCAGAUGUUUAGAAGUUGUGAUUCAACAUUUGGAUUGGGGAACCUUAAUAAUGAAGAGGAGUUCUGCUGGUUCCCAUCUUCACACAACACGGAAGGAUUCGAUGAGGCAUUGAAGUCUGACUUCAAAUUUUCAUGUGCUGAAGCAGGUCCAAUGAAAGUUUUGUCAGAUUAUAAUUUAGAUUCCAAACCAGAUGUUGAAGGUCCGCCAAUGCCUGGUUCCAACGGAACAGCAUCUCCUGUUGAUAGAAGACUGAGAUGUCGAAUUGAUGUUGAUGAUGAUGCUGUCCCUGGUUCAUUGUCAAUGUUAAAUGAACUAGACAUGAAAUCUGGUAAUGCGGAUGACUUGGAAUUCAAAGAUAAGAUGCAAAAGAGGCUGUCUGAGGCAUCCGAAGGAAGAAUAGAAGAUGUCUGCUUGGAAAAUGGUGACUCUUUUCAUCAUUUUUCUCCUCCAACUCAAUAUGAAGAUGUGAAGCAAGCCAAUGAAACCUCUUCCGGUGGGGUUAAUUCUUAUGCUAGCAUACUGAAACAGAAACGAAACCUAAAUUCCAGUGUACUGACUGAAGUUCCCCUGACAGUCCCAGACUAUGGUAAUGGACCGAAUCACACUUCUCUCUUUCCAACUUCAUCUGGAUCCAGAUCUGAUCUUGAAGGCAAUCCAUCUCCUCUAAAAGAAUCAUCCUAUGCAUCAAACAUGGCUAGUACUCGCGGUCAUUCCUUGCAAGAUGCUUCUUUAAAGACAAAUGAAAAGGGAGAAAUGUCGUACCACAGUCAUGAUGCACCAGCACUAUCCAAGAGUUCAAAAAGUCAAGAUAUAGUGAGUGUAGCACCAUUUAGCAGUCCAGGUUCAACUCAACAGCAACUGGCUCAGUUUGAAAAUGAGAAUGAAGGUCAUAGUGUAGUGAGAGGAGUUAAAGUAGGGUUUUCAAAGGAAAUAGACUCAUCAAAUGUGCAGGAAAGCUCAUCCAUGAGCUCUGCAAUGGAGGAAAUCUCCCUUGAAGCUACCAGCUUUCGUCAGCUACAGCAGGUCAUGGAUCAGUUGGAUAUUAGAACCAAAAUGUGCUUAAGAGAUAGUUUAUAUCGCUUAGCUAAGAGUGCUGAACAAAGACAUGCUUAUCCAAAUACAAAUGGUGGCGAUGGAGAUGAUGUUGAAGCUUGCAAAGCUAUGGUGCAGGAUCCAAGCAGGUGCACUGGACUCAUAGAUAUGGAAACUGACACUAAUCCUAUAGAUCGGUCUAUAGCACACUUACUUUUUCACAGGCCCUCUGACCCAUCUAGGUUGCCUCGUGAAGAUACUUCACCUUUCAAAUCCAAUGUUAUGCAGAUGCAUGGAUCAGUGACCAACCCACCAGUGGGGACUGAGAAUCAAAAGGAAGCUACUAAUGGAGUAAAUCAAAAACCUUUCGGAGGUUGAUGCCCACUGAAAAAUACAUGUUGGGCAAUCCAUCCAUGUUAACAUGUAGCCUGCCUCAGCCGCCGCAUUUAUUGUACCAGAUUUUUGUUCCCCAUGGCCAGGCUCCUUGUAUUUAUGUUUCACUAAUCAAGUUUACAUUAUUGCAGGAAUAAAUAUUCUCAGUGUUCACCCAAAGCGACUGUUCCACCUGAUGGGUUUGACAGGUUUCGUACUCAUUUUUCUGUGUUCCAUUUCUGCGCAAUUACAUGUUUGCCGAAUGCUGGAGUUUUAUUCUUCCUAUUGUUUUAGGAUCAUCAUAACUUGUGUUAUUUCUGAGGAACUCACUACUCUUGAACAAGAGGCAUGGGGAAACUCAUCUUGCCAUAUUCUCACUUCAUUUUCUGCUUUCCUGCACUUUGUCCCAAUGCUUGUUCUCCCAAGUGUAUGCCUUUUGGUAUCUAUUGCGUUGUGUUCUGUAUUACGUGACCAUAAUCUCUGUCCACAUGAUGGCGGUUGUAAGUAAAUGCUUCCAAUUUUAUGAUCAGUUUGAGAAACCUACAAGUGUAAUUAAAUUAUCACAUGUAAGUAUUAGCGAAUGAUUAGCUGCUUAUAGCUAAAA